AUGGAGACCGCACCGGGAUCAUUUGAGCGAUCGUCAACAGCUCGCUCUCAAGGCCUUUGGCUCCCUUGGAGACUUUGGGAAACUGUCGCUGUCAACCUCUACCAAGUACCCAAAAAGGCAUCCAUUCAAAGUUUGUGGGAAGCUUUCUCGAGGGAGGGGAAUGUUAUUUCCAUCGAUAUUUGGGACGAUCAACAUGGAGAGCGAGGGUCAAAAGGCCGUGUUCGCUUCAAGUACGUUCCGUAUUCUCCGAGAGUCGCCUUCUGGGAGAACGGAGACUACCUUCUGCCCUUACCCAAUGGCCGGCUCGUCGUGCUUCUUGUGGCAUUGGAUCCUUCGCCGGGAAACGCACAUCUGAGGAGUCCCAGUCGAGAGGGCGUCCUUUAUCCGCGAGAAUGUCACGUAUUACCCUGCAGAAAAUUGAGCAUCGGUGUUCCAGUCGGGCAAUCAAGAAUAUCCACAAUGCGUGAAUUCAAUGAGGAUGCAAAGCCCUCCAUGGCUGUCGACGUGCGGUUCAAAUCAAUUCUGGCAUACUUCAACACAUUUAUCCAAGAGCCGAGCGGAGUUUUGGGGGUUGCGCCACAGAGCAUUGAAUACAAGUAUCGGCUAAGCAUUCCAUUCCUUCAGCUGUCUCGAAUUUGGGAGAUCAAGAGUCCCGAUUCUCAAGACGUUUCACUCGUGAUGAUACUGGAUACACCUCCAAUCUGCCACCGGCAGUCUCGGAAUCUCACUGCUACUUUCUGCAAUACGACCAGCUGGCGGGAAGCGGAUUUGUGGCAACGACAAACAUCAAUUGCUCACGUUGAUAACAAAAACCUGACCACUGUCAACCUGCGAAGUUCGAGUCAGAUCGUUAACAUAGGCCGUUGGAAUGUUCUCCAAUUCACCUUCACGGCUAGCACAGCCGCGGAGCAGGGAUAUGCCCUUCUCGUCGAAAUGCUCAGGGAUCACAAUAUCUCUGUCGAGGAGAGUUCGCGGUUCACGUUCCAGACACAGUCGCCGGACGCCGUGUGGCGUUGGGUGGAUUUGCCAAGUAUCACCGACCGUGUUCGUUCUCUGCUUGAAGACCUGGCGCACGAGGAUUACAUCUAUCUUCCGUUCAACAUCCGGUAUCAGCUGGAAGUAUGCCUUUCGAACCGGUUACUCUCUGAGUUCACAAUGUCGCGAGAGUUUGUGGAACGUCUCGCGGGAAUGGAACAGUCGGCCGCAGUGAGACUGCUUGAGCAUGUUGCUACGAACAAGACGCAAUAUCUCAAUCCGAUGGAGAUCUUCAAGAUCCAGCAUCCUGAGGGCGUAUCUGAAUCAAUGAUCCCUUCGUACUGCUGCUUCAUGCGCACUGCCCGCAUUACUCCAACAACCAUUCACUACAACACACCCACUAUUGAUACAUCAAACCGUGUCACCAGGAAUUAUCAAGAGCAUCUUGAUCGCUUUCUACGUAUUCGGUUCACGGACGAACGGCCCCAUAGCCGUAUAUACUCCACCAAUCUUAGCUCAAGUGACGAGGUCUUUGCGAGAAUCAAGCGGGCCCUCAAGUACGGUAUCACUAUAGGCGAGCGACGCUACGAGUUCCUAGCAUUCGGGAAUUCUCAGUUCCGCGAACAUGGCGCAUAUUUCUUUGCUCCUACGCCCAAUCUCACAGCCGCGCAUAUCAGAGCUUGGAUGGGUCAGUUCCAACACAUUCGUCAUGUCGCGCGUUAUGCUGCUCGUCUUGGUCAAUGCUUCUCGACAACACGCGCUCUCGCUGGCUGUAACGUCACGGUGAAGCGAGUUCCUGAUAUCAUGAGGAACGGAUACUGUUUCUCGGACGGCAUUGGCAAAAUUUCGAGGUUCACAACAAGAGUCAUCUCGGCAGAAAUGGGAAUCUCUGACCCGUAUGGUCGGCCUCCCUCGGCGUAUCAAUUUCGAUUGGGUGGAUGUAAAGGCAUGUUGACUGUCUCACCCGAUCCCAUUGUGAGAGACGUUCACAUCCGUCCAAGCCAGAUCAAAUUUGAGGCAGAUCAUAAACGCCUGGAGAUCAUCCGAUGGUCACAGCUCUCGGCCGCGACACUGAACCGCCAAUUGAUCUUGGUGCUUUCAGCGUUGGGGGUGAGAGAUCACGUAUUCCAUGACAGAUUGAAUUCGAUGCUUCGAAGCAUUGAUUACGCCAUGCACAGUGACGAUGAAGCCACGAAGCUGCUCCAGAGAUACACCGACCCCAAUCGAGUGACUGUCGCUAUGGCGCAGAUGGUUUCUGCUGGAUUUCGACGGACGAAUGAGCCCUUUGUCAACUCCAUGCUUGCGCUUUGGAAGUCAUGGCACCAGAAAUAUUUGAAAGAAAAAGCAAAAAUAUUAAUUGAACAAGGUGCAUCGCUCCUCGGGGUGCUGGAUGAGACGAAGUCACUGAAGGGCUAUUAUGAGCGCCUGGGGACAGGCAGGUUCAGGACAGCAGAAGGAAGACUUGCUGCACUGCCAGAGAUCUUCGUUCAAAUCAGCAGUGUGGAGAAGGGCGUUCGCCCAAAAAUCAUCCAAGGCGUAUGUAUAGUCGCUCGGAACCCAUCGCUUCAUCCAGGAGAUGUUCGUGUUGUGCGAGCGGUCGACUGUCCAGCACUCAGGCAUCUCCUUGACGUGGUAGUUUUUCCGCAGACAGGCGAUAGGGAUCUCACGAGUAUGUGCUCCGGUGGUGAUCUUGACGGUGACGACUACCUGGUCAUUUGGGAUCCUGAACUCAUUCCACUGCAGUGGUUUGCAAAGCCACUGACAUACGAUGCUCGGAAGGUUCCAGACUUGGGCCGUGAUGUGACCAUGGACGACAUUACCUCGUUCUACGUCACCUACAUGAAAAACGACAGCUUGCCGAGAAUCGCACACGCUCACAUGGCCCAUGCUGACAACUUGGCCAACGGGGUCUAUGAGCCAAAAUGCAUUCGCUUGGCACAGUUGCACUCUGACGCCGUGGACUACAACAAGACAGGUAUACCUGCUGUCAUGGAGAGGUCUCUCGAACCGAGGGCGUGGCCCCAUUUCAUGGACAAAAAGAAUAAGAGGACGUACCAUUCCAGGAAGAUUCUCGGUCAAUUGUAUGAUGCAGUCAAGACAGAAGACUUCUCGCCAAGCUUGACUCAUUCAUUUGACUCCCGAAUUCUCGAGUGUAGCCUCGUUGAGGCAAGCAAACAAUUCGAGCAGUUUGUCGGCGACUUGAAGGCUCAUUAUGAUACGUCUAUGCGGCGGGUCAUGGCUCGGUAUGGGAUCCGAACGGAGUUCGAGGUCUGGUCCGCUUUCGUUCUCGAGCACAACGCCAUGUGCAGAGACUACAAUCUUCAUGAGGAUCUGGGUAAAGUUGUCAGUGGGCUUCGAACGGGGAUUCAAGCCCAAUGCUUCAAGUUCCUGGGGGGAAAUCGAGAUUUCGGCCAUGUGGCCCCUCUGGCUGUGGCCAUGUAUCGCAUCACUCAUCAACAAGUUCAGGACGCCUUGGCGACCUUGCGAGGGGAGGACGCGUACGAUGACCUAGACGACAUCGAAAAACUCCCAGAUAACGUGGAGCAAGAGACUAGCAGGCUUCCUCUCAUCAGCUUUCCGUGGAUUUUUGAUGGCGUCCUGUGCCGGGUGGCUCAGAGCCGUGAUGAAGAUUUACAGGCUGCAUUCGCAGAGGCACAGGCCUCGGAUAGCCGAAAAUCCCAGUCCAAGAUGUACACUCACGCUGAGAUAAUGAGCUUGAUUGGCCAAAGAGAGGCGAAAUAUGCUGCCAUCAAUCCCAAAGCAAGCUCAGCAGAACCGAUCUUAGGCCCAGGCAUCCCUCACGAGCUUCUACAUCAUCACAUGGGGAAUAUGGACCUUCUUGAUCUCUUCGAAGAUGAUACAGUAGAGACAGUUCCAAUCAGGCCCAUUGAGUCCUUGAACGAACAACCACCUCGAAGGUCUUUGGGUACAGAAGAGACCAAGCACGUUGGUUCCAAUGGCUCCCAUCCGCCGAUCAGCAAUGGGAAAAUCGUUGCGGAAGAUCCUCCUGAAAUCACUGGCAACGUCUGCAAUGAAGAGGAUGAAGACUUGAAUAUUGUGGAGCAAGAAGGUGAUGUGAAGGCUCCUGCCUGCGAUACGCUCAUGAAGCUUUUGGGCGACGAAUGUGACCCCGACGAUGAGUUUGAUGAGUGA